AUGUCGUACAACGAAGCAGUGUUGCAUGAUAUCGAGAGUCUUCAUAACACUCUGAAAGAUAUUACCAAGAAGAUUGGCCUACCUGAGCCUGCCGCACUUCAGACCUUGAAUCUUCGAAACUCUACAGAUUCACCCUCACAUAAUGGGCGCCCGGCGUCCACGACAAACGGUAACGGCUACCGCCUUGGUGUACCCGGGGAGGACAAUCAUGGCCCGUCUUGCGACAACUCGCCCAAAAUCUCCCCUGAGGACGAAAACCUUCCCCAUGUGCCCAUUCACUCGCUCUAUGCCCUCACAAAACUGAGAGCUCUGAGGUCUCCAGAUGCUCCUGAGGGCCACUCAAGUCCUGCUCUUGACGACUUCAUUGCACGUGGUGCAUUACGAUUAGACGAUGCUGAACGACUUUUUCGGCUUUACCGUGACCGGCUGGACCCGUUCAUGUAUGGCGUUGGAUGCAAAUAUCACACACUGGACGAACUGCGCCGCAAAAGCUCUAUCCUCACUGCUGCGACCCUUACAGUCGCAUCACUUCAUGACCCCCAAGCGAACGGGAUCUACGGGGUCUGCAGCUCAGAGUUUCGUCGGCUUACUGAAAGAUCAAUGUUUGAUCGCAGGGUGGAUCGUGAUUACCUCCGUGCCAUGUGUGUGGCGUCCUACUGGCUCAGCGAUAUGUCAUGGAUGUUGUCGGGCUAUGCAAUCAGAAGGGCAGCAGAAUGCAAUCUACACAAUAGCUACACUCGUGCGAUCGAGGAGAAAAGUGAAGAGGCCGCUGAUGGAGCUAGGCUAUGGUACAUCCUCAAUAUCUGUGACCAGCACCUGGCGACAUUGUACGGAAGGCCCGCAAUUGUUCAGGAUGACUCGUCAAUGCAGCAAUGGGAAAGCUUCCUCGAGUCACCGGUUUCAACGGAACAGGAUAAACGACUAGCAAGUCAAGUGGCGCUCUUGGGGAUCAUUGGUAGUAUUCGAGAACUUUUUGGUCCAGACAAGGGGCAUCCAACUCCAAGAGCGUACAUUCACCAAAUCACGCAGUUCAACAAACAACUUGACCAUUGGAUUAAACAUUGGUCAGAAACGCUACCAGGCAAGUGGACUUCUCUAACGCAAGAGUCAGAACAUAUCGGGCGCUUCCCACGUAAAGGCGCCAAGUUGCAUUUUCACUUCGCGAAACUCCAUCUCUACUCGCACAUCUUCCGCGGUCUAUCAGGAGACAGUCCGAUACCUUACCAUUUCCUCGACUGCGCUGCGACUGCAAUAUCAGUCGCAACCUCGACCAUUAACUUCAUAUUAAGCGACCCGGACGUUGCUGCUGGUGUUGUGGGUAUGCCGUCAUAUCUUCACUGUAUGACUGCAUUCGCAUGUAUGUUUCUGAUCAAGGUGGCUGUCAAAUACGGUGGAGAUCUCAUUGAACCAGACCGCGUCUGGGACUUGACGACAAGCCUUGUACGGCAUUUUCGAUCGUUACCCGCAGGAAAGUGGCAUCUGGCCAAUCUUAUGGCACCGGGUCUUGAACGCAUGGCUGCAACUCUGAAACGAAGCUAUACUGGACAGCCAAGUCAGCUCCAUGACAUUAUGCCUGCGAGCAACGGGAUGAACGGAACAAUAGGCUCACAACUGGCUGCUCCUGGAACUGACGGAGCGUUUCUUGGCCCUGAAGGAGAGUUCUUCUUUGACUAUGACAUGAGCUUUGGGUUAUCACCAGUAUUCAAUUUCGACCUGUCGUCUUUGAAUAAUGAGCAGUCGUCGGCAACAGCUCAAGAGUUCCCAAACGUUGAGUACCAACUUACGAGACCUGGUUCAUGA